ACUUUCAUAAAUCGAAUCUGCAUUAUUUUCCAAUUUUCGUGGCCUGCCCGUCUUUAAAAUCACCUAUUUAGAAUAAAUUUAAUUUAAUGAGUAAAAAAUAGAGUUUCUUAAAAUUAAAGAUUUAGAAUUCAAGUGGAAAGGGUAGUGUCAAUCCUCGCAUGUCAUGAGGAUUCUCACUAAAGUAUUGGCCGUGGCCAUCCUCUUGGUGGUACCAUUAUUUGUUGUAUCAGCAGACAACUUCGAAGAGAACGACUUUGCGGAAUUUGAAGAUUUCGAUGAUGAUGAAUUCAUUGUUGGCAAUGGCGCCGGUAAUGAGGGUUUUCAGCAAAGAGGAAAUCAAGACAGAGAAGGUCCACCUUCGGUCCGUUCUAAUGAUAACACCCCAUCAGAUGAUGAUAACGCCGAUUUUGCGGAAAUUGAUGCUAACGACGCUGACGAGGCCAUAGUUGAGGACGAAGAAAACGAAUUUGAACAUUUCCAGGACGAAGAAGAAUUCGAGGGCUUCCCAGGAACAGCAAAUGAUCAGGAUGAUAUAAAGCUGAGUGACACGAAAAAAACCGAGCCGAAACUCACCAUGGCGAAAGUGCCAAUGCAUUUCAGGACACACUGGGACUCUUAUUGGAUGGAAAUGUUGAUGCUAGCGGGUCUUCUCGCAUAUUUUGCAAAUUACUUAUUCGGCAAUAAAAAGAAUUCAUCAAUAGCCAAUCUUUGGUUAUCGACACACAAAAGUUUGCUGGAAGAUAACUUUGUGCUUGUCGGUGACGAUGGCAAGAAAGAAACUCAAGGUUCUACACUCGCUUUCAUUAAAGAAAGUGAAAGUGUGUACACUCUUUGGUGCAGUGGACGUACAUGUUGCGAGGGCAUGUUGGUAGAACUCAAAAUGAUAAAGAGGCAAGACUUGGUAUCAUUGAUCGCUGGGAUUAUGAAACCGGUUCAAGAUCAGCUUCACAUCAAGGUUGAAUUGUCACAAGAUGCCAUGGACAACUAUGUAUUUUGCAUUGCUACCAAGAAACAAGCAACGAAAAUGUUCAAAGAAAUGAGCGAUCUGAGUAAAUUCUGUACCCUAGUCAACAAAACGGAGGAAAAAUUCAACAUCCCCGGUUACUCACUCCUUUCGGAGAUUGCUGAAGCGUCUUCCAGCUUGUUAGAUAGUAGAUUAAUUGCAGCUUUAAAUAAAUAUGCGCCUUUGAUCGAGUACAUUCACGUAUCGGAUCAAUAUUGUGGACCGAUUCAACAGGAAGAUUCUAGCGCAUUGAAACAACCAGAAGUCAAACGUAUUUUGCACUGUGGCUUCAAUAUACCAGCGAAAACGACAAUGGAAGAGAUGAAACCUCUGUUGGUUCUAGUAUUCUACCUAAUGGAACGCAUCAAGCGAUUCCGUUUAUCUAAGGAAGGGAAAGCAAAGUCUGAUAAAAAUCGUGCACGUGUUGAAGAAGAAUUUAUGAAGAAUACUCAUGCUGCCCGAGCUGAAGCCGCCGCUCAACGCCGCGAAGAAAAACGUAAAGCUGAGAAGGAAAAAAUACUAGCUGAUGACGACCCAGAGAAACAACGUCGUUGGGAGGAAAAGGAGCGCAAGCGGCUAGAGAAGAAACGCCCGAAAAUGAAACAACUUUCAAUCAAAGCCCUUUAAAAGCAGUAAAAAUUUGAGAGCAAGCAGCCAUUUGCUGUACCAUUUGCGAUAGAACAAAUUCAAUCCAUCAAAUAAGUGUUUAAUAUAUAGAUGUAGAAAAUUGUAAGUUCGUCUUUUCAUGAAUAAAGAAUCGAAUAGAA